AUGGAUCUUGAUCCAGCAUCCAGCAGCGUGGAUAAUUUCAAAACACCAGAACUUACAAAAGAAAAUGGUCUCCAGGAGGAUGGGAUAGGAGAGAGUAGUAUGUAUGAUGAGAGGCAACCUAAGAGAAGGAAUCGUACCCUUAUAAAUAAUGAGCAAAUAGAUGAAUUAGAGAAGGCUCUAGUAGAUGAGCCUGAGAUGCAAAACCCUGUUCUAUUUCAGAGUUGGUCAGAGAAGUUAAGUCUGCAGGGCCCAGAGAUCACAGCAUCACAACUUAAAAAUUGGUUGAACAACCGGAAAGCUAAGCUUGCUCGCAUUGCAAAAGAAAGGGCGGAGAAUGCUGAUAAACCAUCUACUCCCCAUCCCGGCGAGUCUUCAGAAAGUGCCGGGGAGGACAACUAUCUACCCCCUGCAGGUGUGAUGACUGCUCUAUCCAAAGGUGGUAGCCUGUUGAGCCGGGACAGCACUGAGCAAAUGUUGCAGGCAGAGCUAUCCCCGAACACGACGAUGAUGGUCCGUCCAUUCACGAGAUCCUUCUCGCUGGAGCCCGGCCGCCUAGUUUCAUUAGUCGAUAGCGAUGGGAAGGAGGUUGGCAGGGGCAUGAUCUUCCAAGCACCAGGGAAGUGCCCAACGGAGAGCUGCGUUUGCGUGGUUGAUGUCGUUGAUCUCAGGACCGAGAAGUGGAGGGAGCUCCCCCACCCUUCGGAGGCAUUUGGGUGGACAUUCCAGGAGGCGGAGGCGAGGAAUGGUGGCAUCAUCAGGGUCUCUUGGGACGCCGUCAGGUUGUUCCCUGUAGCGUAGCAAGGCCGAUUGUAUAACAAGAUGAGUAGAGGGAAACUGUGGCCUAAGUAACAUUAUGUUAAAAGCUGUGGUUAACUGUGUUGUAUUCAUGAACUAAUUGUUUUGAGCAAUUCAGGUGGUUACUGAUUUUACAUUUUUA